GUCGUAUUUUCUGAAUUUGUGUUCGUGUAGCGGGAAAUCACCACAAGAAAGUGUUUAGAUCGGCUUUCUAUUGCUUCUUCAUCAACUGCUGUUUAAAAUGGCAAACCGAAGACCGCAGCAAGGCCGUCGCAUAGAUUACGGUCGCAACGACCGUAACAAGAACUUCGGACGCAGCGGUGUCUCCCCAUGGCAGGGCGCUGGACCUGGCGGAGGGAUGCCCAACCUCCUUCCCCUCGGAGGGGGCUCCACCGAAGCAACGCUUGCACUCGCAAGCAACAUCAUCAACUUGCUCCAGCCUCGGCAAAACCCUGUGCCGUCUCUUCUCGAUAUGCCCAUAAGAAGGGACUUCGGUCCUAAUAUGGGUCGGUAUGAUCGUGGUUAUGUGCCGAAUAGGAUGGGCAAUCAGGGUAAUUUCCGGCGUACGGGCAAUUACAAUCGCGCUGGUGAGCGUAUCAACACCAAUCGUAAACCAUUCAGGCCCAAUGAUGGGCAAAGGCAACAAAACAAGAGUUCCCCGAAAAAGGACGCCGAUUCUAAGGCUAAACCUAAAGAGAGCGAUCAAGAUGACAAGACAGAAGAGACCUCUGACCAGUGUUGUGCCAACACUGCCUCUGACGGAGAUAAGGUAGAAGAAACUAAGAAGGAGGGACCGAAGACUCGCUACGAUGACAUCAGUCCUCAACUGCUGAAGUGUCAUAUCUGCAACAAGAGCAUGUGGGACGGAAGGUCGUUCGAGAACCAUCUGAGCGGUCGCGCACACGCUAUCAUGAUGCAGAAGACAGCCGAGAGCUAUGCGCUGACUGCGGAUACUAUGCGGCAGGAGUUCAAGAUCCGUGAGAUGAAACGCACUCGCAAGACCGGUCAGCAGCCGGCUCGUGACUUCUACUGCGCCAUGUGCGAUAUGUACGCGGCCGACGGAGCCAUUCACCGGACCACCGUCGGGCACAGGAAACUCAAGAAGUACCUGCAUCCGACCUGCACGUCAUGCCAUAAGGAGAUGCCUACGAGGAUCGAGCUGGAUGAGCACAGGCUGACGUCUGAGCAUCUGAAGAACAUGCAGGAUAAGCAGGAGACGGUGUCCAAGCCUAAACCGGAGGUGAUGGUAAUCUCAACUCUGACGAUGGAGCAGUCGUACCUACGCGACGAUCGCCAACGCUGGCGCCGCGGGGACCCGCAUCACGACGAUAAGGACAAGAAGCAUGCCAACAAGGACCAGGAUAACCAGACCGAAGAUCAGAUCAAAACCGAACCGCAAGAGGGUGAGGAGCCCAAAGAGGGCGAGGAAGUUAAAGUGAAGACCGAGGAGCCGCUAGACUCGCCAGACACAGUGCUGGACUACAACGAGGGCGACGACUUGACUAACAUGACUGCUGACAUGUACCCGGCUUACAGUACGGAGCGCGGCGUAGGCGCUUCAUUCUUAGCCGAGUUCCGCUGCGUGCAGUGCCGGCUGUGCCGCAAGCUGCUGGACGGCGACGAGACGGCCGCCGUCCACCUUCGCACGUGGCGACACCACCAGCUGUUCCUGCGGCUGCUGCAGGAGAAGAAGGGCGACAAGCAGGCUGACGCUCUGUUCCUGCGGCUGCUGCAGGAGAAGAAGGGCGACAAGCAGGCUGACGCUGGGUCUGUAGGAUGGUGGACGCGUCGUUCCUGUAGAGACGCCGCCGUGCAUCUGCGCACGUGGCGCCACCACCAGCUGUUCCUGCGGCUGCUGCAGGAGAAGAAAGGCGACAAGGCGGCUGACGCGCAACCCGAAGCCGAAGCCGAGGCCGAGGCCGAGUCUACAGAAUCCAACGAGGCUUCAUCCAAGCGCUCGCUGCAGUCGUGCGAGGACGGCAACUGGAAGCGCCGCAAGACCGAGCCGGCGCAAGAGAACGGCCUGCAGGAGCCCGACGUCGCCAUGAAAGAGGAACCUGGCGACGUGGAAAUGCCGCCCGCUGAGGAGUUGGAAGACUGGGGCGCGGCCGGCGACGCCGACCACGACACGUGGGCUGACGACAAGCCGCAAGCCGACGAACCCACCGAGCCGGCUCCGGCUCCGGCGCCGGUGCCCGCGCCCGUCCCGGCCCCAGCUACCCCUAACGGCCGGGCCCGAGGCUCGCCCCGGGGCAGAGGCCGCGGCAGGGCCCGCGGGCGCGGUCGCUACUAG